UAUUGUCAACAUCGCGCAACGGCUGCGCGCUUCUGCUUCUGUGAGGAUGUAUUAGUUUCAAAAAUUUCCAGUGUCCAGAAAUGUAGCAGAGGUCUGGAGAACCAGGGAAUUCAAGCAAUAAGCGGCUACGGCUAUGGCUGAGCGCCGCGCCUUCGCCCAGAAAAUCAGCAGGACUGUUGCUGCUGAGGUCCGAAAGCAGAUCGCCGGCCAGUAUGGGGGUUCUCCACAACUCCUCAAGAACCUCAGUGUUGGAGGCAACACGGCUAGCAAUGCGGUUCCUCUCACGGAGGCCGUGGAGCCGGUGGACUUUGAGGAGUAUCUCCUGACGCACCCGCCCGUGGUGGAGUCCGGGCCGCUCCGGGACCUGCUGGAGUUCCCCCAUGACGACAUCGAGGUGGUAUACGUACCCCGGGAGUGUCGCACGCUGAUGCAGGCAGUCCCAGAGGAAGGAGACAAUGAUGCUCACGUCAGAGACUGUGCCAGAUCCUACACCGAAGACUGGUCCAUUGUCAACAGGAAGUACCACAAACUGGGCACAGGAUUCAACCCCAACACCCUGGAUAAGCAGAAGGAGAGGCAGAAGGGGCUGCCUAAGCAGGUGUUUGAGUCUGAUGAGAUCCCAGAUGUCAGCUCAUACCAGGACGACCAGGACGACCUGAAGCGUAGGUCCAUGUCCAUCGACGACACGCCGCGGGGCAGCUGGGCCUGCAGCAUCUUCGACCUGAAGAAUUCCAUGCCUGAUGCCCUGCUGCCCCACCUGCUGGACCGCGCGCCCAACGAGGAGAUCGACCGGCACAACGAGGAGCAGCGCAAGGCUCACCGCCACCGCGAGCUCUUUGCCCUGCACCCAGCCCUGGACGAGGACGAGCCUAUUGAGAGACACUCUGUGCCUGAUGUGCCCAAAGAACAUUUCGGCCAGAGGCUCCUCGUCAAGUGUUUGUCUUUGAAAUUUGAAAUAGAAAUCGAGCCGAUUUUCGCAAGUUUGGCCUUGUACGACGUCAAGGAGAAGAAAAAGAUUUCAGAGAACUUCUUCUUUGACCUAAACUCAGAGCAGACCAAGUCCAUGCUAAGGCCCCACAUCCAGUCAGCUGCAAUCUCCACACUAGCUCGCUCAGGUGUCUUCUCCAUCACCUACCCUUCACAAGACGUCUUUCUGGUCAUUAGGCUGGAGAAGGUCCUUCAGCAGGGGGACAUUGGCGAAUGUGCUGAACCGUACAUGGUCUUCAAGGAGUCCGACGCAGCCAAAAAUAAGGAGAAGCUGGAGAAGCUGAGGGCCCAGUCAGAGCAAUUCUGCCAGCGGUUAGGCCGGUACCGCAUGCCGUUUGCCUGGACCGCCAUCCACUUGAUGAACAUUGUCAACAGCGCCGGUAGCCUGGAGCGUGACAACGAGCUGGAGAUGCCCCUCCCAGAGCGGAAGGGCUCUUGGUCGGAGCGCCGGAAUUCCAGCAUCGUGGGCCGACGCUCGCUGGAGAGGACAACCAGCGGGGAUGAAUCCUGCAGCCUGACCAGCUUCCGGCCUGCCACCCUCACGGUCACCAAUUUCUUCAAACAGGAGGGAGAUCGUUUGAGUGAUGAAGACUUGUACAAGUUCCUCGCUGAUAUGAGGAGGCCCUCUUCAGUGUUGCGAAGGCUGAGGCCCAUUACAGCCCAACUGAAGAUCGACAUUUCCCCAGCCCCAGAGAACCCCCAUUACUGUCUGACCCCUGAACUACUGCAGGUGAAGCCCUACCCGGACAGCAGGGUGCGGCCCACUCGAGAGAUCCUCGAAUUCCCUGCCAAGGACAUCUACGUGCCCAACACUACCUACAGGAAUCUUCUGUAUGUCAAGCCACAAAGUCUGAACUUUGCCAAUCGCCAGGGUUCAGCGCGGAACAUCACCGUGAAGGUGCAGUUCAUGAAUGGGGAGGACGCCAGCAACGCCAUGCCGGUGAUUUUUGGGAAGUCCAGCUGCUCUGAGUUUACCAGAGAGGCAUACACUGCAGUGGUGUAUCAUAACCGAUCCCCCGACUUCCACGACGAGGUGAAGAUCAAGCUGCCGGCAUCGCUGACCGACCAUCACCACAUCCUGUUCACCUUCUACCAUGUCAGCUGUCAGCAGAAGCAGAACACACCCCUGGAGACACCAGUGGGAUACACGUGGAUCCCGAUGCUUCAGAAUGGGAGGCUGCGGACGGGACAUUUCUGCCUGCCUGUGUCCCUGGAGAAGCCCCCCCAGUCCUACUCAGUUCUCUCUCCAGAUGUUCCUCUUCCUGGAAUGAAAUGGGUGGAUAACCACAGAGGGGUCUUUAACGUGGAAGUGGUGACUGUUUCAACCAUCCACACGCAGGACCAGUACCUGGAUAAGUUCUUUGCGCUGGUCCACGCACUGGACGAGCACAUGUUCCCUGUACGCAUCGGCGACAUGCGCAUCAUGGAGAACAACCUGGAGGCGGAGCUUAAGGCCAGCAUCGCUGCCCUGAGCUCCUCCCAGCUAGAGCCCGUCGUGCGCUUCCUGCACCUGCUGCUGGACAAACUGGUGCUGCUGGUGGUGCGGCCACCGGUCAUCGCGGGGCAGAUAGUGAACCUUGGCCAGGUUUCCUUUGAGGCCAUGGCCUCCAUCGUGAACCGCCUGCACAAGUACCUGGAUGCCCAGGACCAGCAUGGCCGCAACAGCCUGCUCUCCUCCUACAUCCAUUACGUCUUCCGGCUGCCCAACAUGGACCCCAACUCGCCCUCGCCAGGACCAGGGGGGCUGGGGGGGUCAGUCCACUAUGCCACAAUGGCGCGGUCAGCAGUCAGGCCUGCCAGCCUCAACCUCAACCGCUCACGCAGUCUGAGCAACAGCAACCCGGACAUUUCCGGAACGCCGACCUCUCCGGAUGAUGAAGUUCGCUCCAUAAUUGGGAGUAAGGGCUUAGACCGCUCCAACUCCUGGGUAAACACAGUGGGGUGCAAGGGCGCCCCCUGGGGAUCCAGCCCUGGCUCUGCCUCCGACUCCUCGCAGGCCAUGGAGCGUGGUGGCAAUCGCAUGUCAUCGCACGCUGAGACCGCCAGUUUCUUGCAAACAUUAACUGGACGUUUGCCGACCAAAAAGCUGUUCCAUGAAGAGCUGGCCCUGCAGUGGGUGGUGAGCAGCGGAAGUGUCCGGGAAGGUGCCUUGCAGCAAGCCUGGUUCUUUUUUGAGCUUAUGGUCAAGAGUAUCAUCCACCACCUGUACUUCACUGACCGGCUGGAAUCCCCACGGAAGAACCGGUUCCCCGAGCGAUUCAUGGAUGACAUCGCGGCCCUGGUUAGCACCAUUGCAGGUGACAUCGUUUCCAGGUUCCAAAAGGACCUGGAGCUGGUAGAGCGAUUGAACAACAGCUUAGCAUUCUUCCUCAAUGACCUUCUUUCAGUCAUGGAUAGGGGCUUUGUGUUCUGCCUCAUCAAGACCUACUGGAAGCAGGUCUCCAUGAAGCUAUAUGCCCUACAAAACCCUACGCUGGAGUCCCUCCGGCUGGACUUCUUGCGAAUCGUCAGUAGUCAUGAGCACUAUGUGACGCUCAACCUGCCCUGCAGCCUCCUCACGCCUCCUGCCUCACCAUCCCCCUCCGUCUCCUCCGCCACAUCGCAGAGCUCUGGGUUCUCCACACAUGUCCAGGACCAGAAGAUCGCCAAUAUGUUUGAGCUGUCCGUGCCAUUUCGGGAACAACACUACCUCGCGGGGCUGGUACUCUCCGAGCUGGCAGUCAUUCUUGACCCAGAGGCAGAUGGGAUGUUUGGUUUGCACAAGAAGGUCAUCAGCGUGGUGCACAACCUGUUGUCCAGCCACGACUCAGACCCCCGGUACGCAGAUUCUGAAGUCAAGGCCCGGGUGGCCAUGCUCUAUCUGCCACUCAUAGGCAUUGUCAUGGAAACCUUGCCCCAGCUUCACGACUUCACGGAGUCUCACAACCAAUGGGGGCGUCCCGGCACCACUGGGGUCGAUGACCAUGAGGCCGAUGCAAACAGCAUGAUCAGCCAAACUGUGGCUAUGGCCAUCGCCGGGACGCCGGUGCCCCAGAUGUCUCGGCCCAGCAGCUUCCUACUGAACCCGCAGAACACUCGCCAGCAUGGCUCCUUCUCUGCCGAGUCCAGCCGUAGCCUGCUCAUCUGCCUGCUUUGGGUCCUCAAGAACGCAGAUGAGAUGGUCUUGCAGAAAUGGUUCACAGACCUAUCUGUCUCGCAGCUCAACCGACUCUUGGACUUGCUCUACCUCUGCGUCUCCUGUUUUGAGUACAAGGGGAAGAAAACCUUUGAAAGGAUGAACAGCCUGACCUUCAAGAAGUCUAAAGACAUGAAGGCCAAGCUGGAGGAGGCCAUCCUGGGCAGCAUCGGGGCCCGGCAAGAGAUGGUCCGACGUAGCCGGGGGCAACUUGAGAGGAGUCCCUCUGGGAGUGCCUUUGGGAGCCAGGAGAACCUGCGCUGGAGGAAGGACAUGACCCACUGGCGGCAGAACAGCGAGAAGAUGGACAAGAGCCAGAAAGCGGUCAGAACCAGGGCGGAGCUGGAGCAUGAAGCACUGAUUGAUGGCAAUCUGGCAACCGAGGCCAAUUUGAUCAUUCUGGACACUCUAGAGAUCAUCGUGCAGACUGUGUCAGUCACCGAGUCAAAGGAGAGCAUUCUGGGGGGGGUCCUGAAGGUCCUCCUGCACAGUAUGGCAUGCAACCAGAGCGCCCUCUACCUGCAGCACUGCUUCGCCACACAAAGGGCCCUCGUCUCCAAGUUCCCAGAGUUGCUGUUUGAGGAGGAGACGGAGCAGUGUGCCGAUCUCUGCCUGCGGCUCCUGAGGAACUGCAGCAGCAGCAUCGGCUCUAUCCGCGCUCACGCCAGUGCUUCCCUCUACCUGCUCAUGAGGCAGAACUUUGAGAUUGGAAAUAACUUUGCAAGGGUGAAGAUGCAGGUGACCAUGUCCCUUUCUUCACUGGUGGGGACCUCCCAAAAUUUCAACGAAGAAUUUCUUCGGCGUUCCCUAAAGACCAUUCUUACCUAUGCAGAAGAAGAUCUGGAACUGAGGGAGACCACAUUUCCUGAUCAGGUCCAAGAUCUUGUGUUCAACCUCCAUAUGAUCCUCUCUGACACAGUGAAGAUGAAGGAACACCAAGAAGACCCAGAAAUGCUCAUUGACCUCAUGUACAGGAUUGCCAAGGGUUACCAGACAUCCCCAGACCUGCGCCUGACAUGGCUACAGAACAUGGCAGGGAAGCACUCUGAGAGGAACAACCACGCGGAGGCUGCCCAGUGCCUGGUCCACAGUGCUGCCCUGGUGGCCGAAUACCUCAGCAUGCUUGAGGACCGAAAGUACCUUCCUGUUGGCUGUGUCACCUUCCAGAACAUCUCAUCAAAUGUGCUGGAAGAGUCAGCUGUCUCUGACGAUGUGGUGUCCCCUGACGAGGAGGGCAUCUGCUCGGGGAAGUACUUCACCGAAAUCGGACUUGUGGGUCUGCUGGAGCAGGCAGCGGCCUCCUUCUCCAUGGCAGGAAUGUACGAAGCAGUCAACGAGGUGUACAAGGUCCUCAUCCCAGUCCACGAGGCCAACCGGGAUGCCAAGAAGCUAGCCACCAUACAUGGUAAACUGCAGGAAGCUUUUGGCAAAAUCGUGCAUCAGAGCACAGGCUGGGAGCGUAUGUUUGGCACAUACUUCCGAGUCGGAUUUUAUGGAUCCAAAUUUGGAGAUUUGGAUGAGCAAGAAUUCGUGUACAAGGAGCCAGCGAUCACGAAGCUGGCGGAGAUUUCGCACAGGCUGGAGGCAUUUUAUGGGGAAAGGUUUGGGGAAGAUCAGGUAGAGGUGAUCAAAGACUCCAAUCCUGUGGACAAGUGCAAGCUGGACCCAAAUAAGGCCUUUAUACAGAUCACCUAUGUGGAGCCUUACUUUGACACAUACGAAAUGAAGGACCGCAUCACGUAUUUCGACAAGAACUACAACCUGCGGCGCUUCGUGUACUGCACCCCCUUCACGCUAGACGGCCGGGCACACGGCGAUUUGCACGAGCAGUUCAAGCGCAAGACCAUUCUCACCACCUCGCACGCCUUCCCCUACAUCAAGACCCGCAUCAACAUCAUCCACAAGGAGGAGAUCAUCUCCAUGCCAAUUGAAGUGGCCAUUGAAGACAUGCAAAAGAAAACACAGGAGCUGGCCUUUGCCACACACCAGGACCCCGCCGAUGCCAAAAUGCUUCAGAUGGUGCUACAGGGUUCUGUCGGUACGACUGUCAACCAGGGACCCCUUGAAGUUGCUCAGGUCUUCCUCUCUGAAAUUCCUAGUGAUCCCAAGCUCUAUAGACACCAUAAUAAACUACGACUGUGUUUCAAAGACUUCACAAAAAGGUGUGAAGACGCCUUGCGCAAAAACAAGAGCUUGAUUGGUCCUGACCAGAAGGAGUACCAGCGUGAGCUGGAAAGAAACUACCACCGGCUAAAGGAGGCCCUGCAACCCCUUAUCAACAGAAAGAUUCCCCAACUCUACAAGCCCAUCCUGCAGGUCAACUCCCACAGAGAUUCCUUCAGUAGAAUGAGUCUUCGCAAGUUGGACAUUUGAAGAUUAAGAAGAAACAAGGUCUUAUUUAUUCAUGUGUAAAUAUCAGUCUUCGGUAACCAGUGUUCAUGUCAGUAAGAGAUGAGCUGAAGUGAUACGAGUUUGGUACGUCAUUCCAGUUUCUUAUUAGUUUACAGAUCUGUUACACGAUCAUGCUAAAGUUGAUCUUACUGCAAAGUACGUCCAAUAUGGAUUCCAAUUUUUGUGCACUUUUGUUUUUUUUUUUUUUUACUCUUCCAAUGCAUUUUUCCUAGACAUUGAACAAGCUGAAACUAUUUAAUUUGAAGACAAGCAAAAAAAGUACCACUAUUUAUCAAAAAGUAUUGCUUUAUCUUUAAGUUUUGCAUUUGUUAGGGAAAAAUGUUUUAAACGUGUCCUCCAAAAAUAGUUUUAUGUAGGUUUUUGUUUAAAUAUUUUAAUAAAUAAAUAUUUUAAUGUC